AUGGAAAUUUAUCAGCCCAUUCAUUCUUCUAUUCGCGACAAGCUCGACCCCCAAUACAUCGCCUUCCACGAUAAGUACAUGCAAUACAUCGUACCUGACGAAUGGAAGCCUUGGGAUGCUUCCGUGCGGACUGAAACAUCACUUCCAAAUACCUCCUCGACGCCCGCAGAAGUCGGCGCAAUCCAAGACUUCAGUCUAGGUAGCUUUUCAGUCCGCACUUUUGUCCCAAAUGAAGAGGCGCCGCCUGGUGGAUGGCCCGUAUUCAUAUGGUUCCACGGAGGAGGUUGGACAGUUGGCGGCAUCGACAGUGGUGCCUAUUUCUGUUCGAGGGCCUGCAAGGCCCUGAUCUCGGUAGGCGGCACAUCUGCCGGAGCCGUGCUCUCCCUCGCACUGUGUACGCACGCCCUUACGCUCCCAUCCUGUCCUGCAAUCCGCCUCCAGGUUCUCGUCGUGCCCGUCCUGGAUAACACCGCUUCUGUUGCGGGCAUAUGGCGCGAGAACCAGCACGCGCCAUGGCUGACUCCAGAGCGUAUGCUGUGGUAUCGGCGCAUGUGGAUGCCGGAUGAAUGUGAUUGGGGCAGUGGGGAUGCCAGUCCAGGGCUAUUAGGGGAUGAUGCUUUGAGGACGUUGCCGAAAACGUGGCUGGGUAUUGCGGAAUACGAUUUGCUUGCCCCUGAGGCGAGGUUGUUUGCAGAGAGAUUCAGGGGUGUAGGGGUAGGGGUCGGGAUGAAGGUGUAUACUGGAAGCACGCACAGUUUGUUUGCGCUGGAAGGGGUGUUGGAUAGGGGUAUGGAAUGCAUAGAUGAUUGUGUGGAGGUGAUCAAGAACGGUGCAUGGUGA